AUGAAUCUCCUUCGAACGACGAUGAUCUCUGGCACUGGUGGAUAUAUCACACGACGGCUACAUGUGCCCCAAGAAGUCUGGUCCCAGGGUGGUGCAAAGCUAGGGAACCUAAUGGAAAAAGUCCGCGUCGUAGAUAUCUUGUGUACGGCUUUGGAAGAUCUCCAAGGCUUCAGCUCAGAAUGUUUUGGUGCCGGUAAUGUCAGCAGCGGAAUGGCACUUGGCAUUGGUAGCGUUGGACGAAAAGAGGGGGAGGCGUGGAUUGCAAAGUUGGAGGACUUUUCGACUGUGUGUGAUGGCGUUGUGGCGAACUUUGGGAAAAAGUUGGGGGUUGGGGAAGGGUUCGUCAUCAAGAAGACGACGUGGGGAGACAAGCUUGGUCGAAGGUUUGAUAAGCUCACCAACGGGAAAAACCUUGAUUCACCUGCAGCCUAUGUUCAGGGUCUUAAGAGACUGUUCUUGCAUGCACAGCUCCUGGAUGAACACACGCAAGCUAUCACUUCCACACCAGUGGCCCCUGCCUAUGGCGCUCUCCCUUCAGAAAUCCGCUCAGCAGCCGACAUCAAACUGAAACGCUCGUCAGAGUUUUUUGCUAGCGUGGUUCUCACCUUCGUUAUCCGCGAUCUGUCAAUGCUACUUGACAAGUAUGCGAAGAAGUGCGAAAAAUGGCUUGCCGAGUAA